AUAUUUGAAUAUCAGAAUUCAUCUCUAAUAAUGCACUUAUGAUUUUUUAUUCAUAGUGCGGGCUUUAAAAAUGGAUGAGGCAUUGCUCACAGUGCACAACGACCUGCAGUCUGGCAUCAGAGUUUCCUACAUCUCCGAUCACUGCUAUAAGUGCCUGUAUCAGCCCCUGCUCAUCCUUCCAGACGGCCCCAGCAACGCGUCCCUUUCUGUGAGCACCCGUUUCACCUUGACUCUGAUUGUGGAGGCUGACCCUGGGAACAGCACCCCCUGCAGGUGGAGUCAACUGUAUGGCGAAUCCGGACAUUAUUCUGUGUGGGUCCAGCCUUCUGGUUACCCUGACAACAUCACCUGUGUUCGGACUCUGGACAAGGAACCGAUCAACAGCUACUUACCCCUUCUGGCCGCAGCGGUUGUCCUGUUCCUAUUGGCUGUCCUCUAUGUCUCUACGCCCUAUCUCUACAGAUGGCUGAAGAAAUCGAAAUGCAUCAGCCUCCUGUGUUGCAGAAGAGCAGGAGAGUCUUCACUGGACUGUGAUGCAAGCUGCAGCAGGGACGUUGAACAGAUGAAACCUGCAUCUUCACGGCUGAGGUCUUUGGACACAUUCAGAGGGCUUUCGCUGAUUGUCAUGGUGUUUGUCAACUAUGGAGGAGGACAGUACUGGUUCAUUCAGCACGCUCCAUGGAACGGUCUAACGGUUGCUGAUUUUGUCAUGCCAUGGUUUGUGUUCAUAAUGGGGACCCCAGAAGGCUUUGUCUUCAUUGGACUCGUGUGUGCCUUGCCGCUCAGGAGGAAGGGAGCCACUUCCCUGCAGCUGCUGCGGAAGCUGACCUGGAGGAGCGCCGUCCUCAUCCUCAUCGGAUUCUGCUUCAUCAACUACAGCCCCAGAGAUGGCUUACUUUCCUGGUCUUGGGCUCGAGUCCCUGGAGUUCUGCAGCGGCUGGGGUUCACCUACCUCAUCCUGGGCCUGAUGCAGAUAGUCUCUCCUGGGAGAAAUGUCCCUCAGCAGGAGCCUCGCUGGUGGGACCCCCUGCAGGACGUGGUUCUGUACUGGCCGCAGUGGGUCUUCGUCCUUCUCCUGGAAGCUGUGUGGCUCUGUGUCACCUUCCUGCUGCCCGUACCCGGCUGUCCCACUGGUUAUGUCGGAGCAGGUGGAAUAGGAGACGAUGGUCUCUACCCAAACUGCACUGGGGGUGCGGCAGGCUACAUUGACAGGUGGUUGCUAGGGGACAACAUUUACAGGCACCCUACAUGCAAGGAACUCUACCGCACCACCCAACCCUUCGACCCCGAGGGGGUUCUGGGUACAAUCAAUUCCGUGGUAAUGGGAUUCGCCGGCAUGCAGGCUGGGAAGAUUCUCCUCGUUUACCGUAAAAGGAAUUCCUGCAUCCUGAAACGUUUCCUGAUCUGGGCCACCCUGCUGGGAGCCGCCACGGCCGUCCUCUCUAAGUGCACGCGAGACCGAGGAUUUAUACCUGUCAAUAAAAACCUCUGGUCUCUGUCCUAUGUGACCUGCAUGGGCUCCUCCUCCUUCCUGCUAUUGGCUCUCCUGUACUUCCUCAUUGACGUCAAGGGCUGGUGGGCGGGGCAGCCCUUCAUCUAUCCAGGGAUGAACUCCAUCUUUGUGUAUGUGGGCCACUCCCUCCUGGGGCCAUACUUCCCCUUCAGCUGGGAGAUGAAGUUCACUGGGGAUCACUGGGAAGCUCUGUUCCGGAGCCUGUGGGGCACGUCCCUGUGGAUCUGCAUCGCCUACCUGCUGUACAGGAAGAGCUUCUUUCUCAAAAUCUAAUGUGGAGUCGCGUUCUCCAACUGUAUAAAAAAUACAGACAAAUAAAGCCGUAUCACAUUAACAUUCAAA